UUUUCUUCAGUUGGGGCUGUUGCUAACGUGCGCCUGCUUGUGGGGUCAUCCGAGGUCUAACGUGCGCCGGGGUGGGGGGUGGGGGAGGGAGGGUGGUCAGAUGUCGCCGGCGGCCUCGAGACCUACAACAACGCUUGUGAUAACCAUUUCUCGGUACAGGGGGUGGUGCGGUUAGUCAGAGAGAGAGAGAGAGAGAGAUUGAUUUGAUCGGACGGUUGCGGUUGAGUUAGAGUUAGAGUUAGAGUCAGAGAGGCGUUACAGCAAUGGACGGUCAGAAAAGCCAGGCGAAGCUUACGAGGACCCAGUCGUCGCUUCUGAGGUCCUCCCCGACUAUCCGAUCCUCCAUUCACAGCCUCCACAGCAUGUCCUCCGUCACCGAGGAGGACGUCGUCACCGCCCAGUACGACGAGGAAGAGCAGAAGCCCAAGAACAGCGCCACCACCAAGUUGCUCCCGCUCCGCUCCGGGUCGACUCCUCGGGCCGGGUCGACCCGGAACAGCGGUCAGUUCCUGGCAGUGUCGUCGCUCAUUCUGUUCAGCGGCUUCUUCGGGUUCCUGCUCCUCUUCUUCUACCUCCGGAGAGACGAGAUUGCGACCUCCGAGAACCUCCUGCUGGCGCUGGUGUUCGUGGCGGUGACGCUUUUCUUGGCGAACAAGAACAGGUCGCUGAUCCACCACAGCGUCUCGGUCAUGAAGCACUCGUGGGACGACAAGUCGAAGCGGUUCCGAAUCUGCGGCGGCACCAAGGCCCACAACGCGAAGCCCGUGCAGUGGUUCAUCGGGUCGGACCCGAACCCGAGUAAGACCCGGAAGGAGCACCGGAUCAUCCGGGAAGGGGUGGAGUUCUACAGCAAUGGCGAUUUCUACGAGGGCGAGUUCCACAAAGGGAAGAGCAAUGGCAGCGGGGUUUACAAUUACUUCGUGAACGGGAGGUACGAAGGCGAUUGGAUCGAUGCCAAGUACGACGGGUAUGGGAUUGAGAGCUGGGCUAGAGGGAGUAGAUACAAGGGUCAGUACAGGCAAGGAUCCAGGCAUGGCUAUGGGGUUUAUAGAUUUUACACUGGGGAUUCCUACUCCGGGGAGUGGUGUAAUGGCCAGAGUCAUGGUGUGGGAGUUCAGACCUGCUCUGAUGGCAGCUGUUAUGCUGGUGAAUUCAAGUAUGGGGCUAAGCAUGGACUUGGCUGCUACCAUUUUAGAAAUGGAGAUAGAUAUGCAGGGGAGUAUUUCGGAGAUAAAAUCCAUGGAUUUGGUAUCUAUCACUUUGCUAAUGGUCAUUGUUAUGAGGGGUCAUGGCAUGAAGGCCGAAAGCAAGGCUACGGCGUUUAUACCUUCCGGAGUGGCGACACAAGAUGUGGUGUAUGGGAUGGUGGCACCCUUAAGCACCCUCUUCUGCCACUAAACGAUGCAGUUGUCCGAGCUGUUCAGGCUGCUAGGAGAGCAGCACAGAAUGCUGCUAACCUCCGGCGGGUGGAUGAACAGGUGAACAAGGCGGUCAUGGCUUCAAAUAGAGCUGCCACUGCUGCCAGAGUUGCUGCUGUUAAAGCGGUCCAAAACCGAAUGGAUGGCAAGUUUUGUGAUACAAAUGUCUGAAAGACUUGCUACUUUUCUUUUUUGGUAGUGUAAAUUUUACUAAUUUUAAUUUGUAAGUGCUUUUGAAAUGUCAACCCGGCGAGCACAAGCUCAUCGGAGGUUGAGACUUGAGAGUGAGAGAGAGACAGAGGGCAUAUGUUUGAGGCUUCCAACAUCACACUGUAACUUGUACAUACCCCAUGUAUAUCAAUGGAAGAUGAAAUUUCAGAGAAUUUUCGUGUUCUUUCUUUCUU